CGGCGGCGGGGACGGCAGCGGCGCACGUGGUGACGUGAUAGGGGGAGCGGCGGGAGCGGGCGGCGGCGGCGGCAGUGUCUCCGGGACGCGCAGGCAGGUCGGCCGCUUGGGGCUGCUGGGCAGCGUCUCUGCGUGCUGCUUCGGCGGGGCAGUGCCAGCGAGCGAGUGAGCGACUCCCCGCGACCCUGGUGGCGCUUUCCCCUCCUCGCAGCCUCCGCGGACCGCGAGCUCGUCCUCCAGCCCGAUCGCCCUCUCCUUCGCGGCUUCGAGGCGCUUUCCGUGGGGCCGAUUCCCUCCCGCUUCCUCCUGCUCCCCAUCGCAGCUCCAGAGAUGAGUGUUUCCAUCUCUACGGAGAUGAACCAGAUUAUCAUGCAUGAUUAUCACAGAAGAAAUUCAUGUCUAUAGCUUUUAAGGACUUGAUUACAUCAUUUUCAAGCCUGAUAGUUUUGGAAUCACCAUUAGAGCUUCGCCUCUGCCUUCACUUCAGCCACCUGUCUUCACACCUCAACGGAAGUGCUGGGUUUUAACACUCCUUUGUCCUUGGUUCAUUUACGACAUCCCGGAAACAUAUUUCUCACCAGUAAAGUCACCAAAUUAAUAAGGAAAAAUGAUUCCCAAUGGAUAUUUAAUGUUUGAAGACGAAAAUUUCAUCGAGUCUUCUGUUGCCAAAUUAAAUGCCCUGAGGAAGAGUGGCCAGUUCUGUGAUGUUCGACUUCAGGUCUGUGGCCAUGAGAUGUUGGCACACAGAGCAGUCCUGGCAUGCUGCAGUCCUUAUUUAUUUGAAAUCUUUAAUAGUGAUAGUGAUCCCCACGGAGUUUCUCAUGUUAAAUUUGAUGAUCUCAAUCCAGAAGCUGUUGAAGUCUUGUUGAAUUAUGCCUAUACUGCUCAGUUGAAAGCCGAUAAGGAAUUAGUAAAAGAUGUUUAUUCUGCAGCAAAAAAGCUGAAGAUGGACCGAGUAAAGCAGGUUUGUGGUGAUUAUUUACUGUCUAGAAUGGAUGUUAGCAGCUGCAUCUCUUACCGAAAUUUUGCAAGUUGUAUGGGAGACUCCCGUUUGUUGAAUAAGGUUGAUGCUUAUAUUCAAGAACACUUGUUACAAAUUUCAGAAGAGGAAGAAUUUCUUAAACUUCCAAGGCUAAAGUUGGAGGUAAUGCUUGAAGAUAAUGUUUGCUUGCCCAGCAAUGGCAAAUUGUAUACAAAGGUAAUCAACUGGGUGCAGCGUAGCAUCUGGGAGAAUGGAGACAGUCUGGAAGAGCUGAUGGAAGAGGUUCAAACCUUGUACUACUCAGCUGAUCACAAGCUGCUUGAUGGGAACCUACUAGAUGGACAGGCUGAGGUGUUUGGCAGUGAUGAUGACCACAUUCAGUUUGUGCAGAAAAAGCCACCCCGUGAGAAUGGCCAUAAGCCGAUAAGUAGCAGUUCCACUGGAUGUCUCUCUCCUCCAAAUGCUACAGUACAAAGCCCUAAGCAUGAGUGGAAAAUCAUUGCUUCGGAAAAGACUUCAAAUAACACUUACUUGUGCCUGGCUGUGCUGGAUGGUAUAUUCUGUGUAAUUUUCCUUCACGGACGAAACAGCCCACAGAGCUCACCAACAAGUACUCCAAAACUAACUAAAAGCUUAAGCUUUGAGAUGCAACCAGAUGAGCUAAUAGAAAAGCCCAUGUCGCCUAUGCAGUACGCGCGCUCUGGCCUGGGGACAGCAGAGAUGAAUGGCAAGCUCAUCGCUGCAGGUGGUUAUAACAGAGAAGAAUGUCUCCGAACAGUUGAAUGCUAUGAUCCACACACAGAUCAUUGGUCCUUUCUUGCUCCCAUGAGAACACCAAGAUCCUUUCUAGAUUUACCUUGUCUCAUUUCUCUCGUAGGAAAACUGUUUGUGGGUGGUGGUUUUGAUGGUUCUCAUGCCAUCAGUUGUGUGGAGAUGUAUGAUCCAGCCAGAAAUGAGUGGAAGAUGAUGGGAAACAUGACUUCACCAAGGAGCAAUGCUGGGAUUGCAACUGUUGGGAACACCAUUUACGCAGUGGGAGGAUUUGAUGGCAAUGAAUUUCUGAAUACGCUGGAAGUCUAUAACUUUGAGUCAAAUGAGUGGAGCCCCUAUACAAAGAUUUUCCAGUUUUAACAAAUUAAGACCCUUUCAAACUAACAGGCUUUGUGAUGUAAUUGUUUAGUAGAGGUACUCUUGUGAAUAAGGAGGGUGGGUGGGUAUAGAUGUUGCUAACAGCAACACAAAGCUUUUGCAUAUUGCAUAUUAUUAAACAUGCUGUACAUACUUUUUGUGUUUACUGGGAAAGGAAUGCAAAGAUGAAGGUAUGUUUUGUGUAUUUUUAGGGCUACUUUGGUUAUAUUGCUUUUUGGAAGUUGAUAUUGUAAAAGAAUAAACCAAGAAUUGAUUGGGCAUGUCAUUUCAACAAGUCCCCUCCCUCUCCACAUUUGUUUUGCCAUUUGCACAUUAAAUGACUCUUAAACACGUAUAAUGGGGCAAGAGGGGUAGGAUUUUAAGAUACAGGCAUUUGGGGUUUUUUAAGGACCCUUUUUCAAUAACUGGAACACUCUAUAACAAAGGAAACCUAUUUAACUAGAUGACAAUGACUAUUUUUGUUUUUAUUAGAAGAAAGCUGACAUGCCUACCACGAUUUAAUCUUUUAUGAUUGCCUUUUUAUAACUUUUUAUAUUCUCAGCAGAGUGCUUUACCUAUUGAAGAUGUGGUAGUUUCAAAUUACUGAAGCAGUGUGGCAGCCUUGAAGUAUGCCGACUGAGGUGUCCCGUUAUACCCAGAAUGCAAACUUCAGAGCUUUUCCUCAGCUUUUGUUAGAGAAUGAAGUACUGUUAUUUGAACGGGGUUGCUGAACAGUAACAUAGCUGUCAUUUUUUAAUUUGAAAUUGAUUUUAAAUAUUUUUGACUUCUUUAUAUGGCAAGACACUAUAACAGUAAAGAACAACAAAGUAUA